UAUUCCUUUAUAAACCCCGGUACACUUGCACUAAAAUUCCCACAAACCACUUAAACAACCCCCCAAAAACGUACUUCCUUUUCAACUCUCUGAAUCAAUUUCUUCAUUAAACCAUGGAAACUUUCAACCAAGCUUCAAUAGCAAUCCCUUUCCCUUACAAUUAUGGCAUAACAAAUGUUCCAACUUUCGCCCCAACUUUUCAUCCUUACACUACUAUCACUACAACAUUUCCUCCUCCACCUCCUCCCACCACUCCUACUACCAUCACCACCUCAUCAUGGAUGGAUAGUCGGCUAUGGAGCCGCCUUCCACAACAACUCGUGGAUCGAAUCCUCGCCUUCCUCCCCUUGCCCGCCUUCUUCCGGGCUCGGUCCGUGUGCAAGAGAUGGUAUGCACUUUUAUACUCCAACUCUUUCCUUCAACUCUACCUACAAGUCUCCCCUUGCCACCAUUGGUUCAUCUUUUUUACCCACAAAACACCCAAUACUAGUACUAUUUAUCGAAAUAACUUCACUAAUCUUAAUAACAAUGGAGACGAACAAGGAGAUAAUGUUUUAUCAACUAGGGCAUAUCUUUUUGACCCUUAUGAGGUCAAAUGGUACAUUAUCCCUUUCUCUAUUAUACCACUAGGGUUUUCGCCAGCUACCACCUCGGGCGGGCUUGUUUGUUGGGUGUCCGAUGAACCCGGCCUGAAAAACCUUUUCCUGCACAACCCACUACUCGGGUCAGUGACCCAAUUACCACCCACCCGCCGGCCUCGGCUUUUUCCGUCUGUUGGACUGUCUGUUACCACAGCAUCAGUUGAUCUGAUUCUUGCAGGAGAUGACAUGAUCUCCCCUUAUGCAGUCAAAAACCUUACUGCAGAGUCUUUCCAUAUCGACUCGAGCGGGUUCUACUCGGUCUGGGACACCACCUCCUCCCUUCCAAGGCUCUGCAGCCUUGAAUCAGGUCAGAUGCUUCACUCUGAUGGCAGAUUCUACUGUAUGAACUACAGUCCUUUCAGUGUCUUAGCCUACGACGUCUCCUCGAACGCGUGGUGGAAGAUCCAAGCUCCUAUGAGAAGGUUCUUAAGGUCUCCUUGCUUGGUUGAGAGCAAGGACAGACUCAUCCUCGUGGCGGCCGUCGAAAAGAGCAAGCUCAAUGUCCCUAGGAGCUUAAGAAUGUGGGUGCUUCAAGGGUGUGGGAGUCAAUGGGCCGAAAUCGAGAGGAUGCCACAACAAUUGUAUGCUCAGUUUGAGGAAAUUGAAGGAGGAAGAGGGUUUGAUUGUGUUGGAAGUGGUGAGUUUAUUGUGAUUAUGAUUAAGGGUGUCAUUAAUAAAGGAUUAAUGUUUGAUAUUGAGAGAAAAAGGUGGAUUUGGAUGCCUUGUUGUCCAAGUAAUGGUAAUUUAAGUUGUGAGAUUAGUAGUAAUUUGGAGGGUAAUUUGCAUGGAUUUGCUUAUCAACCAACAUUAGCUGCACCUGUUACUGCACUUGUUCACCAAUUAGCUAGCUCUUCACUUUCAGAGUUUUAAAUUAAAGCUAGGGUAAUUAAUUAAGUUUAUAGUUAAUGUAAUUUGGUUAUUUAAUUAGCUGAAAAAUUUUAGUUACUUUAAUUUGAUGCUUUAUUUGUCAAGUCAGUUUACUAAUGUAAUUUAGUUAAUAAGUGUUAUCAAAUUAAAUAUAUGUGGGAGUUAUUAUUAUAUAAUGUAUAUCAUAUGUAUGUAAGUUAACAUUAAUAGUAAGCUAAGUUAUUGUGUAAUAAUAUAUUGUUGUUUAAUUUUAAGCCUAUCUAGAUUUUUUCUUUUUUCUUUUUUCUUUUUUUCCAUUUUUUAAUCACUAGCUUAGUAUCAGCACAAUAAAAUGAAAUGAUAUUAAUGAAUCAUGAAAUAUAUAAAUGUGAAUUAUGAAAUUCAAAUAAUGAAUUAAUUGAAGGUGAUGGAUUUGCACGAGCUCUAAUCAAAUGAUGUGAUUAUUACUACGCAGUCAAAGGUGGAUUUUUUUAGUAAUUUGAUCUUGUUGACAUGAUUGUUGUAAUGACUAAUACUCCCUAGU